GCCCACGUUGCGAAAGGCACUCCGUGUCAUUGACGACGUAAGAUUGGAUCAUAGCCAGACCGAAAUAUUCCUCAAAAACGUGAAGGACAAGUUUCUAUAUGCGAAAAAUAGAAUGAACUUAGAUAUACAUCACCUCUCAAAAGGGAUUGGUGCUCGGUGUGUACGAAACAGAGAGCGAGAGCAACGUCGUGUUUACUCCUACUGCCGCCAAGUACAAUGAAUUAGUUAACGGAAAGCUGCUGCAGAACAUCUUGCUGAGUGACUAGACUGAGAGACGAUAUUAUACAUAUGAUAUGAAGCGCAACUUGCUCCGCACAAGGAUUUCCUAGACAUAUGCUGUGCUUUAUAAAUGAGAAUAUAACUAGAGAAUAAUACUGCCUGAUUUAUGACAUAUUCUUUUCGACGCGAUGUCAGAUAAAUUGAAUGCCCACUUAGGGAUAUUUUAAGCUGUUAACCCUUCAGUUAAUUAAUCUUUGCUGCUUGAAGACUGAAUCAGAAAUUGAAUAUAGUAAUAGUAGUAAUGUCGACUCCUGGCAACAGUAAUAUGGGAAAUGAUAGCAGCGCAGGGAGCAGUGGUGGAUUAGGCGACAGUAGCAGUAAAAUUAAUAAACUUCAUCAACCUACGAAUGUGUUACAAAGGAUGACCGGGAUAUUAGAAGAUAAGAGCAACGAUUACAUGUGUCCAAUUUGCUUCGAUCUUAUCGAUACGGCGUACAUCACGCGUUGCGGACAUACGUUUUGUCACCAUUGUAUUGUGAAGUGUUUAGAAAUUAAGGAUCGUUGCCCAAAAUGCAGUUUUACAUUAAACGAGCAGGACAUCUUCCCGAACUUCCUGUUAGACGAACUAGUUUCCAAAUAUAAGACAAGAACUAAGGGCCUUGCGCAGUUAGGCUCUUACACGGAGAAUGGUAGACACAGAGUGGUCGGUAACGAUUCGUCGGCACCGGCGUCCGAUGGAUUAAGAAGCAUCGUUGCAGCAGAGAGUGCCAAUCUCACUCUACCCGACGUAAAUGUAAUGUUAGAGGUGCUGACCCAACGAAAGCAUUUACUCGAAGCAGAGACUUGUACAGCACAAAACAAACUAUUGCAUGAAUUCCUAAAGCAUCUAUUGCAACAGAAAGAAGAACAAAGGAAUCAAUUGCAGAAGGAAGUAGUGUUGAUCAAGAAGGAUAUGGAAGAAGUUGAGAAUAUUUUAAAGGAUGUUCAGAGCAAGUGUCCACGGGUGGAAGAUGUCAAAAAGGCAAGCGAGAAUGACACGGCGCAAGUUUCGGCCAUUAGACGGGAAAUGCUCGGCCUUAUAGAUAUAAUAGACUCGAAUAUGGUGAAACCUAGCGACAAGGUGAUCAGCGGUACUGAUAAUUUGAUUAAUCCAAACGUCAGUCAGCCUAGUGGAUCUACCCUAGCUAUACGCAGGAAGAGACUGCACGCUCAUUUCGAUGAUUUUGUUCAAUGUUACUUUGAUUCCCGUGGCAAGGAGCUACUCCUCGGUCAAAAAUCGCAAUCACAGAGCGAAGCACAGCAACACGGCGGAGCGCAUAGCACAAGUUCCGGUCUAGAUGUUUUUCGUGAGAAUCUAGUCAAGUUCUCAAGAUACAAUUCCCUGCGUCCAUUGGCGACUCUCAAUUACUCGUCGGAUCUCUUCAACAAUUCCACAAUCGUUUCCAGCAUCGAGUUCGAUAAGGACAACGAGUUCUUUGCGAUCGCCGGUGUAACGAAACGGAUAAAGGUAUUCGAUUAUGGUGCCGUUAUACGUGACACCGUCGACAUUCAUUAUCCUUGCGUCGAGAUGGUAUCCAGUUCGAAAAUCUCGUGCGUCUCGUGGAAUUCUUUUCACAAGGGUAUGCUCGCUUCAUCGGACUACGAGGGUACCGUGACAGUGUGGGACGCAACGACCGGUCAGAGAACCAAGACCUUUCAAGAACACGAAAAGAGAUGCUGGUCCGUCGAUUUCAACGAUGUGGAUACGCGAUUGAUUGCAUCUGGUUCCGACGAUGCUCGGGUCAAAUUAUGGGCGUUGAACACCGAUUAUUCCGUAGCAUCGUUGGAAGCUAAGGCGAACGUAUGUUGCGUGAAAUUCAAUCCACGCAGUUCUUGUCAUCUGGCAUUUGGUUCCGCAGAUCACUGCGUACAUUAUUACGAUUUGCGUAACAUGAAGGAGGCCUUAUGCAUAUUCAAGGGCCAUCGCAAGGCCGUCUCCUACGUUAAGUUUAUCAACAAGGAAGAGAUUGUCUCCGCUAGUACCGAUUCUCAGUUGAAAAUGUGGAAUAUAAAUAAUCCGCUUUGUCUACGAUCGUUCGUGGGACAUGUAAACGAGAAAAAUUUUGUCGGACUUGCUACUGAUGGCGAUUACGUCGCCUGUGGAUCGGAAAAUAACGCAUUAUAUGUGUACUACAAAGGAUUAACGAAACAAUUGUUCUCGUACAAAUUCGACGCUGUUCGAAGCAUACUAGAGCUGCAAGAUAGAAGAGAAGAAGAUCUGAAUGAGUUUGUGUCCGCAGUAUGUUGGAGACAGAUGUCCAAUGUCGUGGUAGCCGCUAACUCUCAAGGAAUUAUCAAAAUAUUAGAGUUGAUUUAAAAACAAUUAAAAUUAAUUGAACAGAGAAUAAUUACAUAAAUUGAACGAAUAGCGUAUGAAUAACAACGAGAAAUGAAGAAAUUAUUCUAAAUAGCAUAAUAUAUAAUUUAUCAUAACACGACGUGUAGAGAAAAUUUUUAACAUAACGGAAUUUAAAUUGAAUAUUAAUUCAUAUUGAACGUGCGUUAUCAGCGAAUAAAUAAUUUAUGAAAAAAUCUCUAAUUGAUCCAUGCUCAAUUACCGAGGAGAGCACAAGUAUUUUCUCUGGAUUGUACAUUGUGUGUAAAAUGAGGGAAAUUAAUAUUGUUAAUUAUUAUGCGUUUUCGUAUAUAUCUAUACUCUAUUUUCUAAUCGGUAUAAUUUUAGGUAUAUAUAAUUCUAUAAAUUUGUACAAACUGAAUCGUAAUGAUAAAAGUUUUUUAUUGUUAUAACAUGUUAUAACACAUAUUAUGUGACAUGAUUAUGUACGCACACAUGAUCAUUUACAAAAUUAAAAUGGUUAUACAUCUUUUAUAAUUUUAUAUUAAGUUAUUGAUACUUAACAUUCGCCGGGAAUAUCAUAAUUGCACGCUUGUUAAGCUGUAUCUUAUGCAUAUAUAUGUAUAUGUAUAUAUAUAUAUAUAUAUAUAUAUAUAUAUAUAUAUAUAUAUUUUUUUUUUUUCUUUUUUUUUAGACAUGAUCGCAACAUGAGUGAGGUUUAUUACAAUAAGCGCAAUACUGCUAAAAAUGAGAUUUAAAUCUAUAAAAAUUUUGAAUAGUAUACAUAUAUAUAUGUUCCAAAGUAUUUUUUUUUAAUAAUGUUUCUUAUGAAUUUCAAACGACGAUUGUUUCAAUCACCUGCAUUAAUCGUUAAAAAUUGAUAUGUUUGAAUACAUAUGUUUAAUAGAACACAUCCCACAAUUUUGUUUUACAAAAUCUGCCAAAUAAAUUUAAAAUACAUUGUUUCAGUUUUUAAAAAAUUGAUACAAGAUAAAAUAUUAAAGCAAAAUCGUUAAAAUUGAUAUACAUAUAGCGAUAUUUUGAUUAGUAAUCGUAUAUAUAUAUAUAU